UUUGCACUUUGCACAUCUCUAUAUUGGAAAUUUUAUUCACUUAUCCAUCAUUUCCCUUUAAUAAUGAAUGUUGUAAUAAUGAAUGUUGUGUGUCAUUUGUAAUUAAGAAUGUAUAUGUUAUACUCCCUAUUAGACAAUCUUGGUAUUUUAAUAUUGAUAUCUCAAUCAUCUUCUACAUAGAAACUUGAUUUGAUCUCUUUCUCUUUUCUUGAACUCUUCUGCAUUGGAGUGUAGUUGUCUUGUAGCUUAUUUACUAUUAAACUUUAUCCAAUCUAUUGUCAUAGAUUCUUUUUGUACUUUCACUUCUAUUUUAGUCAGCGCAGAAAUAUGUUUCAGUGCAAUUCUUCUUCCAAAGAAUUUAUAUGGGAAAUUCUCAUUACAUUUGGUAAAUAAUGUACAAACAUGAUACUUUGAGAGGCUUUGAAGAGAAUACUCUGAUCUAAUACUUAAGCUGGUUAGAUGUCUAAUUUUUUGGAGUGCAUGCAAUUGAUAAUUACAGCAUAUCAAGACUAAAGCUUCAUAUUGGCUUAGUUUGUUGCCUUAAAUGAGAUUGGACAAACACCAAACGACUUGAGAGUCUUGUAGGUUGGUUUCUGGUAAGUUUAUGCUUUCAUUAGUGCAAGAAAUUUAGUUAGGUAACAAAUACCACAUGGGCAGUUGGUUCAAAAAGGCAUAGUUAACAGAUUAACCAAUUCUUCACUACUUUUAUCCCAAGACUGGGAUAAAUCAUACACGCUCCUUAACCUCAGUAAAAUCUCAUCGUCAGGAAAUUGUGUGCUUGUUACUUUAUUCUGAACACUAAAAUGAAUCAAACAUGUGACUAUAGAGUUAAUUUUUUUUAUAGGAUAUAAUAUGGGAUCAUUUGGCCCUCUGCAUUUCACAAUAUUUACCUAAAUCAUUUAGUUAGGGACUAGCCUCAAGACACAGGUGACAUUGUAAAGGAGUGAUCUACAUCCUCACCCAUGUUCAUUUGUAUCUAAUUUCAAGUGAAUUGAACUACAUUAUUCAUUUAUUAUACUUAGGGAAAAUUGUAAUUUAUGCCCCUCAAGUAUAAGCCAAUUAUAAAUGUCACCCCUCAAUCCUAAGUGGUAUAAAUGUUGCUCCUGAAUUGUCAAAAAUGUGGUCAUAUAUGCCCCUCCUGAGGGGCAUAAAUUACAAUAUACGGGGGUAAUAUAUAGCGACAUUUUGACAAUUUAGGGGCAACAUUACCAACAUAUAUACCAUUUAGAAUUGAAGAGUGACAUUUAUAAUUGGCAUAUAUUUGAGGGGCAUAAAUUACAAUUUUCCCUUAUACUUACUGAUGUGAAUGAAAUGGUGCAUCAGGCUUUGGAAGCCUGGGUGCUUAAUAUAUAUCGAUUGGGAUAACUCUCGUGUUACAAUUUUGAAUUUGAAGCAAAUCCCAGUGGAACUCCUGGAGUUCAUGCCAAAAGGCUUAUCAGGCAGUGCAGUUCUAAGAGGCCUUUCCAGUCGACAUUGGACAGUGAAAUUAUCUCUAGAGGCAUAUCGCUUGUUUAUAAAUGAAGGAUGGGAUAGAUUUUUUGAAGAAAAUGCUCUUUGUAAAGAUGACUUUCUAGCUUUUGGACACUGUGGAGGUGGCGAAACCGAGAAAUUUGAUGUGAGAAUUUUUGAUAAACAUGGAAGAGAGAGGCUUGAUGUGUCUGAUGCUGUAGGGCUUUCAGCAACCAAUCAAGAAAUAAAGAAAGAAGAUACUAGUGUAGCUUUUGGCGGGAAAGAGAAGGGCUGCAAAUAUUCUGAAAAUAACACUCUUUCUGGUCUACAAGGUGAAAAUCUGGGUGAUGGUCUUCCGCCUGGAACUUCAGUUCACACAAGGUCUGUGAGGAACAGGGAUGGACCAGCUAAAAUUGGUGAAAAUCUGAGCAUUGGCUUAAGCCUGAAACUUCAUGCAAGAGGAAGAGGGAUGGACCAGCAGAAAGUGGUGUUGCAACAAUGUCUCUAGACAGAAAUGAUACAACUGAAGUCGCAAUGAGUGCAUGGUCUAAAUCUCUGGCAUUCAGCUCCAUCAAUCCCUUCUUUAAGUGCAUUCUUACUAAACAGCAUUUGCAAAAAUAUCAUUUGAGCAUACCUCGAGAGAUGACAUACCCAGGCCUCCUUCCUACUGAAAAAACAAUGAUUGUCCUUCGUAAUUUGAAGGAUGAGGUUUGGGUAGUGGGAGUUGUGCCCAACACGGGAGGCCAUUCCUUCAUUUCUGGUUGGCAUAAAUUUGCCCAUGAAAACAACCUCAUGGAAGGAAAUGUUUGCAUUUUUGAGCUUGUCACAAGGAAUGAACUGUUGGUCCAUGUGUUCAAUUGAAAUUGAAAGAACUUUUGAUCUUA